AUGGCUGGUUAUCUCGUCAAGGCCAAUUCGGAGGGACAACCUGGACCGAAUGACUACGGACGCACUCUAUCCGAUGGUGCCAACCUCUUCGCGAAGUCUAUACAAAAGUACAACGGUGCUGUCAUGUUCAGAGCCUUUGUAUAUGGUCCCGUUGAUGAAAGAGACUGGAAAGCCGACCGGGCAACAGCAGCAGUCAAUCGAUUCAAGCCUCUGGAUGGCGAAUUCGACGACAAUGUCAUUAUCCAGAUCAAAUAUGGACCACUCGACUUUCAAGUUCGCGAGCCGGUAUCGCCUUUGUUUGCAAACCUCCGCCAGGAGAACAUGGCGAUUGAAUUCCAAGUCUCGCCUGAGUAUCUUGGACAGGACUGUCAUUUGGUUUAUCUCCCUCCUUUAUGGAGGACGGUGUUGGAUUUUGAUCUGAGAAUUGAUGGGAGGGUAACCACCACUAUGGACGUGUACACUGGUAAAGUGUUUAAUAAUACGCUGAAUGGUUUCGUUGGCGUUACGAAUGUUGGGACCAACAUGACUUGGCUGGGCAGUCAUAUGGCCAUGAGCAAUAUGUAUGCCUUUGGGAAGUUGGCCUGGAACCCUACUUUAAGCUCCGAAGAUAUCCUAAACGAGUGGACCAGGCUCACCUUCGGCCUAGACCAACACAUCACAGAUACCAUCUCAGAGAUCUCACUGAUAUCAUGGCAAGCAUACGAGAACUACAGCGGAAAUCUAGGACUAAUCACUCUGACAGAAGAGUCACAUUUUGGCCCAAACCCACAGCGAGCCGACGACGGAAACACCCUCGGCCUCUUCACACGAGCAGACAAGACCGGCAUUGGAAUCGACCGCACCUUCAACAACGGAUCAGGCUACGCUGCACAGUAUCCAUCAGAAGUAGCAGCAACUUUCGAAAACCUCGCCACGACUCCCGAGGAACUAUUACUAUGGUUCCACCACGUCCCCUACUCACAUCUCCUCCAAUCCGGAAAAAACCAUACUCCAGCAUAUAUAUGA